CCCAGCCCAUCCGGCGAUGCACUGCCGCUGUCUGCCCUGCAGUCUCACACAGAGACAACAAUAUUCCCACUCGACAAGGACUAGCAGCCUACCCGCCUGGUUACCCACAGCCCACGUAUGCUUUGUAUUACAAACAGACCUACUGCCGACCGACUGCGGCAAGAUGUACCACUCUGACCACAGUGUUGACUUCCCCGACCUCUCCUUCCAAAUCCCUGGCAGCCCUGCAGAGCUAGACCCAGCAAGCAGAGUGUGAACACAACCCUGAACACAACACACAUCUACCUUCCCCUUCACCCACACAGGGCCUCCCUCUGCUCCAGUCCCAACCUCCCUCCUCCUGGACCAUGGACAGCCCUCCUAAGCUGUCAGGCGAGACCCUGAUUGUGCAUCAUAUCCCACUGGUACACUGCCAGGUGUCAGGUGGGCGGCAGGGUGGCUGCGGAGCCUCACUAAAAAGAAGCAACCCAUUUAGCCCACCAGAGAACCUAGGUUUGAGUCGCACCACUUCCCUACCAGAGAGGGACGUCCUUCAGAGAGAGGCUCUGGUCUAUAGCAGCCUGAUCCAGACCUCUGGCAGCACCUGGUCCUCCCACAACGGAGGAAAAGAGAGGAAGGGCGGCGGGAGAGGAGGCAGCACAGCAAGCGAUGAUUCAUCGUUUACCUCCAGCAAUUCAGAGGACCAGCUGAUAACAGCUCACACAUUACCCAGAGCCAAACCUAGGAACAGGAAUCCGUUGCGUCAUAAUCCCUUCCUUCUGAAUACCGAAGAUGACGAGGAUGAAGAAGAGGAGGAUGGUGACAAUCUCAGCGGUUACCUUGAAGACUCCUCUUUUCAUCUCCACAGUACCACUAACUCUGCCAUAGAUGAUGCGAUAGCUUCUUUCCACUUACAUGACCUUGGCUUUGCUUCUGAGCCGUUUGUUUUGCACAGCUCAGUGGGUGGAAGCGGUCGGGAGUCCCUGAGGGGCAUAGCCUCGGAUCUGUCCAACCACCUGGAGAACCUGGACAUUCUAGGACUGGACAGCCAGCGGCGCCACGGCAGCAGCUGUUCCAACAUAUCCAUGGAUUGUGGAGAGCAUGACUGGGGCGAUGACGAUGAAGAAGAUGAAGAUCAUCCUAUGAGGUGUGGGCGAAGCAGCAAGACAGGUUCAUACUCCUCUAGCUCCUCCACACAGCACUGCUCCUGCUGUACACUCUCCCAGAACUACCCGCAGCACUUCCCUGAAGCCUUCCCAGAGCCUUUCUCAGAGUGCCAGCAAGGCUACGGCAGCGACUCCUCUUGCAACAGCUCGGAUGGCGUGCUCGUAAACUUCAGCGCCAUUUACAACAAGAUGAACAACGGUGUCCCGGAGAAACCACCAGUCUCUGGGCACACCAACCUUAACAGCUCCACUGACCACUCCUGCACCUCAUCUGUUUCUGAUCCACCAGGAAACCAGCGAGACUCAACCAGAGGGGCUUUCUAUUUGGACCUUCACACCUCCCCAACUGAACCUCCUUCAUCACAGCAACAGCCCUCCUGCCUUGGCAGCACAUUCCCUCUCAUCCGUGAACCACUCCUGUCCACCUCCUCCACCUGCUCCUGUGCGGUGGAGCAUCAGGGGGCUCUUGACCUUGACGCCAACUGCAACUCUUACCACCCUCCACAUUCUGGGUCGUCCGGAGACCUUGUGUCUUGUCUGCAGAGUCAGGCGCGCCUGGUUGUCGCCACCCAGAACUACUACAAGCUGGUCACCUGUGACCUUUCGUCCCAGUCGUCCCCAAGUCCCGCAGGCUCCUCAGUCAACAGCUGCUCCGAUGAGCACAGCAAAGGCAGCCCCACCCCGACCCAGCCCAGCGAGUACUUCCUGUUCAGGCAGCGAGCUGAUGAGGAGGGCGUGGAAGAAGAAGACGAAGAUGGAGAGUCAUCUAGGCGAGAUUAUAAAGAUGAAGAGGAAGAAGAGGAGGAGAAGAAGAAGAAUCAGCACGCAACCAGUGGGACUGAAGCUGCUCCUGUGAUUGAAGGCCAGGUGUAUGUCAACAUCUCCCCUCCCGUGGCGGGCCGGGGUGGUAUCGGAGGUGGAGGCCCCUCGGGAAGCCGCCCCCGCUCUCGCAGCUACGACCGCAACCUGGACAAGUCUCCAUCUCCUCGGCUCGGAUCUCUGGAGCGUAUGUUGAGCUGCCCCGUCCGGCUCAGCGAGAGCGCCACCCCGGCCCAGGCUCCUCCUCCACGGGUCACCUCCUUCGCAGAGAUUGCGAGAAGCAAGCGGAGAAACGGAGGCACAGGGGGGUCGCCAUCAUCGAAAGCAGCCCCAGACCCAUUCUCCUCCACUUACUCCUCCCACUCUCACUCCUCGGUGGAUUUCUCUCCAAUCCCAGAGCAGCGCGUGGAGAUUGACAGUCAAAGCCUGUCACCUGUACCCUUUACCAGAUGUUAUAGUCAGGGCAGCAUUGAGCGACACCUGGAGGGGGCGAGGGAGACCAGGGCCAAGGCUGAAGGUGGUCUCUCGAGUUCCUCAGACAGCCGCCCGGCGGUGGUCCGCUACAGGAAGGACCAGCGGCCCACCACCCUCCCCAUCCAGCCCUUCACAUUCCACCACCAGUUCGCCUCCAAACCCCCGCAGCCCAAGCCUCUGCUGCCCCUGCUCACAGGCUACCACUCUGGGAUGCAGGCCCGCUCCAGCUCGGGCUCUGGUUCUGACUCGGGAGGUCCGGUGGGGGAGGACAGUGAAGAUGCAACUGAAAAUGUGCACGGGUACCAGGGGACUGCAGCAGCCCCUCCUCCUGGCUCAGUUCGACCUUCGCCUCUUGGGAGCUACUCCCCGGUUCGGCUCCAGGGGGCGACCAGCUCUGGGACCUGCUCCACGUGCACCCCAAGCCCUCAGCCACCACACAGCCUCUCCUGCCCGCUUUCAGCAGGCCUUGGCCCCCUGCACACCCCACCGACAGGAAAGCAGGGAGGGGGUUCAGUGCCAUUACCAUCUACACCUCCACCUCCAUCCCUGGGGGCAAAGAGAGGAACGGUGCCACCAAUGUUGCCAGCGGUGCAGGGACACUGUUUCCAUCGUGGAGGUCUGGCCAGUUUACCAGCACUCCCCAGUGACACACUGAGCCCGCUGGGCUGUCUGGACUCUGGAAAUUACAUGGAAGGAAGCAAAGGACCCGGAGCCAGGACACAUAAUGCACACCACCUCUCUCCCCAGGCUCUCAAGUGGAGGGAGUAUCGUCGUCGAAACCCUCUGGGAAUGGAGAGGGUCUCAGGGGGCCACACUGCCCGCCUGGACCCUGGAAGGGGUGGGGGACCGCGACCUGCCAGACGGAACGUGUUCGAUUUCCCUUCAGCCCUAUCCGGCCACACGCUGGGACGGCUCAAUGCAGUGGGUCAAUCAGUUAAGCUCCAGCAGAGCUACAGCGACUACCUGCCGGACUACUUCUCCCUGACCGAGAAGCCUCCGGAGGAGUUCUGCCUCUCCCCCGAUGCUUCAACUUCCUCCUCCUCCUGCUCUUCAUCACAGUCCCACAUCUCUGUGGACCUGACGCAGAAGAGAAUUUUGGUGAAAGCCGUGAACACAGCAGUGGAUUUGAUUGUGGCGCACUUCGGCACCAGUCGAGAUCCAGAUGUAAAGGCUAAGCUGGGGAACAGCUGGGUGAGUCCCAACGUGGGUCACCUCAUCCUGAAGUACCUGUGCCCAGCCCUGCAUGAGGUGCUGCAGGACGGUCUGAAGGCCUACGUGCUGGACCUGAUCAUCGGACAGCGCCGUUGUCAGCCCUGGAGCCUGGUGGAGGCCUCCACACAGCUGGGACCGUCCACACGUGUUCUCCACAGCCUAUUCUCAAAGGUCAGCCAGUACUCUGAGCUCACAAGCCACAGCAUGAGACUCAACGCCUUCAUCUUUGGCCUGCUCAAUCUAAAAUCUUUGGAAUUCUGGUUCAAUCACCUCUACACACAUGAAGAUAUCAUAGCAGCACACUACAACCCAUGGGGUUUCCUUCCCCUGUCGCAGGGGGCGUGUCAGCCGCUCUUUGAGGAGCUCCUCCUCCUGCUGCAGCCACUGUCGCUCCUCCCCUUCGACCUGGACCUGCUGUUUGAACCACAUCUUCUUCAAAAGGGCCAGGAGCACCUCCGUCGCAAGGAGCAGCUGUGCUCUGCAGGCCAGAGUGUCGACCAAUCAACACGCUCCACCUUCCAGCUCAUGAGGGGAUGGAGCACCACUGUAAGCGAAAUGGUCAGAGACUCAGGUGCAGAGGGGGGGAAGAAAGAGAGGGCGAUGCUGAGAAGAGAGGGAACAUGGCCGCGGAUGGAAGGGGUCGGGUCGAGAAGAGAGGGAGUGAAUUCAAGGUUGAGGAAAGAGGCGGCCACACCUGAGAGCAUUACAGCCGGGCCUGUUAGCAGACAGACAAUGAUGGAAGUGGGGUUUGCCAAUCUCUGGAAGGAGAGGGGGAUGGGUGGGCAGAGAGUGAAAGGCGUAGGACAAGAGAGCCAAGGAGAAGGUGAGGAUGGACAGGAGGACAGGAGGAAGGAUAAAGAGAAGGAUAUGGCGAACGAGGGGCGUCAGCGGCAAGAGAGACAGGCAGGCUGGUGGUACCAGCUCAUGCAGUCCUCCCAGGUUUACAUCGACCAAUCCGCAGCAGGGUCAAAGUUUAUUAAGACUGAGAAGAGGAAGAAGUCUUCAGAGAGGCGACAUGGCCAGCUCCCGCCCACCAGAGAGGGAGUGGUGGAGGGGGCUGAGUCGAGCCAAGAAGGGGAGGGGUUCGGAAGCAGGAAAAGCAGCAGCAGCUCUAGCGGGGAGUCAGUUGGAUCCAGGGGAAGGCCUUCAUGGAUGGGCAGCCCGCCAGAGUCCGUUGUCAACCAGGAGAAAGAGAUAAAACCUCUGAAGGUUAAAGGGACUGGAGCCCAACCUGCAGCCCAAGAGGAGAGCCCGUCUCAGGGACAGAGUCUGCGCUGGGGCAGGCUCUUUGGAUCCAGUGUUGGUUCUCCUUCGAGGGUGGAGGGAGCUGAGCAGAGGCCAAAAGCUCAAACAACCAGGCCACCAUCAGGUUGGUUUGCUCUGGAUAGGUCUGUUCUGGACCUCGUAGCACAUACUAUUGGAGCGGGGAGUGGGAAGAAGGCAGAGCCUCCAGCCACACCCACUCACACCCAAACCACACCUCCACCAAGGUCAACCCAACCAACUGAGGCCAAACAACAGUCUCCAUGCGAAGUCCGAGCAUUGUGCCACCACAUAGCCACAGAGCCCGGCCAGCUGAGCUUCAACAAGGGCGAUAUCCUGCGGGUCCUGAGCAAGGCUGAUCCAGACUGGCUGCUCUGCUCCCUGGGAUCCACGCAGGGCUUGGUGCCCAUCAUCUAUGUUACCCUCAAAAACAUGGAGGAGAGCCAGGAUGCCACUGGACUUGGGCAGUGCUAAGCCAAAGCUGCCCUAGAAGGAAUUAAGAUGAAGGCAAACCGCUUUGCAGACAGAGGGUGUCCUUUCCCUGCCACAUACCUACUGAAAACAAAAACCUGUUAACUGUACAUUGGGGACGAUUCCCGCUAAAAAAACACUGUAGAAAGUACGAAGAUUAUGAAGAUGUACAGUCACAUGCAAGGGAAGCAUGCAGGCUCGAACACAAACUCACAUCCACUUCAAGGGUACAUCCAGACAAGUAUGCAUGCAUACAUCCAAAAACCAAAAGACAAAAGACAAGAAACAAACCCAAAGACACUUCAAACACAUGCUUCUCUCUGCGCGAAGCUGUGCUGCUAGCUUAACUGUGUGACUGUCCAGCCUAUAUAUCAUCCAUCUCUACUUUCAACAAAACAAAGAGGGGCUACGCACAGACGGGAAACUUCACAAUAUAAUAUUUACCAUGCCUAGCUGCACUUUGCUGUACUGUCUACACAUUCACCUGGCUGUGCCACACACAGUGCUCAGUUAUUGCCCUCAGUCGAACGCCGGAGUCGGUUAGAUGUCCUGUUGCUUACUUGGUACCGAUUGAUCUUUUAAUUUCACAUAGAAACUGGUGAAUCCUUGCUUUUUACGUUGAGCUAAGGUGGUUGAUGUAAAAGCAAAAAUUGUUAACUGUUUGAUCCACGUCUGCUCCAGUUGCAGAGGUGUGAUUCAGCAUAUUGUUAUUAGAAGAGUAGAAAACCACACAGAAGUCUGUUUAGAUGGCUGUUCAACCCAAGUGAAAAGAAUGAAAAAGGAAUGUUUCCAUUCCUCGUCUGUCUUACUUUAUCACCGCUCAUUAAAGCCUGUUUAUAUGGAGACAAAGGAAUAGAUGGACUGAAAAGCAAAUUGCCUUUUUUUUCUCCCUCCUUUCCCUCACAAGACCCACCACAGCUGGGAUGAAUCAAUGGUUGACAUUGUUUAAGUGCAUGUAACCUUGCCAAAAUGUUGUCUUUUUCCCUACAGUCCUGUUUCACCUGUGUUCCUGCCGUAUCCCGAACCUCGGUCCUCCCUUAAUCUCUGAGUGAGCCGGUGGCUACAGCCUGCGCUGUACAUGUGCAUUUUGAUCUAUUGGUACAUACUGUAAAUGCAUAUAUGACUUACACAUAUGGUGAGUUCUAUUUAUUUAUUGACCAGUCCAAUUAGCUGAAGGAAGCAUCUAAAUGGACGGUUGCAGAAAACAGAGAAGGAUGUCCAAUGACAGCAAAGCAUGGCUGUGGAGGCAUUUUUGAAUGUGUUGGGGAUCCAGCCUGGAAAACUCUUAGCUAACAAAAUGAUUGCUAAUUAGUUAUAUGUGUGGCAUUUAGAAAGGGAUAAAUGAUCUUAUCCAUGCCUUAAAGCGCUUGAGGAAAAAAGGGAGAAUUGCCCAGUUAGACACUUCAAGGCUAGCGACCUAAUAUUUGACAUUAUAUUUUGUAUAUGCUCUGACGUGUCUAACUGUACAUUUUCCCCAGAUUUAUAUCUACAGAGAUUCUUGUUGACUUCAAAGACAAGUAUUGUGAAGAAAUAGAGCUGAUAUUUUUUUGAUGCUUAAAGGGAAACCCCAACACAUUUUGUGAUGGUGGCUCUGUGGGCAUUCGGGUGUUAGUAUGUACCUGCUACCUGUCAUGCCCAGGUGUAAGAUGUGGCCUUAGGUUUAACAUAAGUUGACAAAGAACUAAAAUUUUGGCUAUAUUCAAUAUACCUGGAUAGAUGUUAAGCAUUUACAGAUGCCCAACCCAAAUAUUACACAUUAUAAAAUGGUAAAAUCAAUGUACAUUUAUUAAAUAAAUGAAUGCUUGUGUAGUUUUUGAAAAACUUUCAUAGGAUAUAAUUUUACUGUUUUGUUGCAUUAUUGUACAGUUUGUACAGUCAUUUAAUUUCAGCAAAAUCAGUUUAUUACUUAAUUUUCAUUGAACUGUAAAUAUAUUUAAAUCCUUAAAAGAUUAAUUUCUGCCAUAGAGUUACAUGUAUGAAUGUCAUUACUGAUUUAUUAAUGUAUUUUAUGUUUAAUACAGGAAGCAGGUAUAAGCUUUAGUUUCAGUGCUAACAACCAUGAUGACAGUCGGCGUGGUAGUGGAAAGUAUGAUAAGUGAGGGUCAUUUUGGGUCCUCCAGGCAGUUUGCUGUUCAUUGACAUCCUGUUCACAUGGGACAGACAGAGAUAAACACAUAGUAGUGAUAAAACCAGAGAGACAUGGAGGCUCAGGGCUGAGAGGCAAAGACAGAUUCACUUUAGAUUUGGCAUCUGAUUAGCUGAAACGUUGUGCUUUAAAAGGCCACACUUGUAAGAGUGACAUAACAGAGAGAAAGAAAGAAGCCCUCUUUCUUUCUCUCGUCUUUUUUUAAUCUGCUUUCUCUCUCCCUGGCUGCCUCCUCCUGCCUGUAAAUACCUUCAGCAUCAGUGACACUGCUCUUCUCUCUGUGUCCAGGCUAUAUGACGUAUACGUAUGACAUUAUCGAACUACUAUGGAUGUUAAAUAACAAAGUGCUCAUGUGAUCACAAA